ACCACCACACCGUAUCAGCUGUUGCAUACGGGCGGGAAAUUGAUGCCGCAGCUGAACGCGCGGAUACGGUUUUCGGUGCAAAAUAACGGUGAAAAACGCAACAAUGCAUCGUCGAACGCGUCUCAGCCUGCGGUCCUCUUCGAUCAACGAUAAGGAAAACGAAAAAGAACCGACCCAGCAGCAAGCAACGCCACGCAAGCGUCGAUCAAAGGUACCGGUCGCCGCCAAAGAGGAAGAACUGGAAGACGAGUACGUCGAUUCGCCGAAAAAAGCUGCCCGCAAACCUAGCCGUCCCCGACGGCUAUCGGACGUGGUGGAUGGUGUGGAAGAGCUGGAAAGCGCAUCGAAUGUAGCACCGCCGGAUGCGUUCGGCAAGCUUCCCGAGCGCGAGAAGGAAUACGACGAGCUGGUGGCGUACGUCGAGAAUGUUUUGAGUGCCGAUGGAUCGGGCAGUUUGUACAUAAGCGGUCCACCGGGAACGGGUAAAACGGCCACACUGCAGCGAAUACUGAACCAUCCGCCGUUCGCAAAGAAGCUGAAGCCCGUCUACAUUAACUGCACCUCGAUCAAGAGCGUCGGUAGCAUAUACAAAAAGAUCUCCGAGGAGCUGGAUUUGAAGGCCACCGGUGGAACGACGGAGAAGAUGUACCAGGCUGCAAUCGAAGCACACUUACAGCGAAAGCACAGAACCAUCAUGCUGGUGCUGGACGAGAUCGAUCAGCUGUCGAGCAGCAAGCAAACGAUCCUUUACAGCAUCUUCGAAUGGCCAGCUCGACCGACCGCUCGGCUCAUUCUGAUCGGAAUUGCCAACGCGCUUGAUCUCACCGAUCGAUUGCUUGCCCGGCUACAGGCCCGCUGCGAACUGAAACCCCACCUGAUACAGUUCCUACCCUACACAAAGCAACAAAUUGUGGCCAUCCUAGAGGCAUGCCUGAAGGAAACCGAUUCCCUGUCACGUUUCCCGGCUGCGGCCCUUGGUUUGCUCGCUGCCAAAGUCGCUUCCACGUCGGGUGACAUCCGGCGAGCGCUGUUCAUCGCCCGCCGUCUGGUUGAAGGCGCAAAGAAGGAGGAUCGCACAACGAAAUCCGAAACACCUACCGUCGUUAGCAUGGGGCAGGUGAUGGCGGUGCUGAAGCAGGUGUACGGUGCAUCGCAAACGCUCAGCAAUGAUCUCGAGGAAGGUUUCCCGCUGCAGCAGAAGCUGCUCAUCUGUUCGCUGAUGCUGUUGCUAAGGCAUGGCAAAAAUAAGGACAUCACGGUCGGGAAGCUGCACGACGUGUACAAAACGAUCUGCACCAAGCGGAACAUCCAGGCGGUGGAUCAGACGGAGUUUAUCAGUCUGUGCACGCUGGUCGAAACGCGCGGUAUCGUACGACUGCAGGGCAAGAAGGAACCACGGAUGCAUCGGGUGUGCUUGCAGUGGGACGAGGAGGAGGUCAGCUCGGCUCUGAACGAUAAGCAGCUCAUAACGAGCAUCAUCAGCGAUGUGUCGUGUUUGGGAAAGUAGCGAAAUUGUUUGCUGAAGCUUAUUUAUAUUUUCCCUCCCCUUUGCUUUUAAAUCCUGUUCGAAUGGGUGCGUUUUUUUUGACGAAUUUUGAAAUAAAAGAAAAAACACGAAAAAGAAGGAGCAACCGA